GGCUGUGAGACCAGUCAUGGAUAAUGACUGUGUAAUCGAGUCAUUAUCCCUGUGAAACAUGAACUCUGCUCGGUUUUUAACGAGCCGUUCUGCAGCUCAGCUCUCACCUUCCUCUUCAGGAUCGGCUGAUUCCUCAUCCAAACUGCACCAAGAGAAGAAGAAGCUACGGGAAGCCAUGUGUGCCACAAAUCAACACUUUUACCUUUUAUCUGUGACUUUUACCAUGAAAGUCACAAAACACCUGGCGGCUUUUAGGAGUUUAUGACUUAAAAUCCUAUAAAGUGCAAAAAUCCUGUCAAAACAUUGCACAAUCAGUAUAAAUUGUUUAAUUUUUAGAACAUAGUAUUGCAUAGGCUUUUGCCAUAUUUUACAGCUUUCUGAGCCAUAAGCUGGCUUUUUUUAGAACUUUUUAGCCAGACCUUUAACUGGUGCAACUUGUGGCACUUUUGACCUUCCAUAAUAAAUUCUCAGAUGCAUGAUCAGUAUAAACGGUGUAAUUUUUAGAACGUAGUCCUUACAACAGUGUAAAAAGCGUCGUUUUAAAAGGAUUUUCACCAUAUUUUACUGCUUUCUGAGCCAUAAAUCGACAUUUUUUGCGUGACUUUUUGUGUUAUAAAAGAAAUUGUGAUUUGUGGCUCUUUUGGCUUUCCGUAGAAGCCUCUCAGAUGCAGAGCCACGUGUUCGUAUUUACAUGUCGCUAAACGAGCCUCUCACAGGGAAACCUAAACCUUCAUUAAAUCUUUAAGAUGGCUGCCGUUGUCUUCUCGGGUGACAGACCGAGUGAGAGUGUUUCAGCGACUCUAUGCCAACUUUUUGUUCCCAGGAAAGGAAACCUGCGCCAUUACACCUGGACAGAUCUGCACCUCACAACAAAACACCCUUUGUUACCUGCGUGUGGCCGUCGCCAUGGCAACAGAGCUGUUAGACACCUGAGUUGGGCUCUGGCGGGAAGCCGAGGCAGAGCAGACGGAGGGCGACGGAAAGAGAGAAGAUCAUGCCGAGAAGAAGCGCGGCGGUGGAGGACGUCGGAAUCGAGAUUGAUGAAGAUGAGACCGACAGCGAUGACGGCGGCAACCGGAGGAAAGCCAACAGGAGGCCGGCAGGUGGGCGAGGAGGAGGAGGAAGAGGAAGAGGAAGAGGUAAGAAGGCCGGCAGCGACGAAGAGGAAGACGAUGAAGAUGAGGCUCCAAAGGGACGAGGAAGAGGAGGAAACAGGAGGAAGCCCGGCAAUAAACGAGGCGGCGGUAAGAACAACGGCGAUGAUGAUGACAGCGAAGAUGAGUCUCCCAAGAAGAAGAGAGGAGGAGCAGCAAACCGGAAGAAAGGCGGCAAAGCCCAAGACAGUGAUGAAGACGACAGCGACGACGGGAAAGGAAAGAGAGGAAAGAAAGGAGGGAAGAAAGGAGGGAAGGAGGAGGAGAGCGGGAAGGGAAAGAAAGGCGACGCCAAAGGAAAAGACAAAGGGAAAGACAAAGAUGACGACAAGAAGAAGAAGAAGAAGGGUGACAGUUCGUCGGACUCCAACUCGAACUCAGACGAGGAGGAGGAGUCCAUGUCGGAGGGGGAGAUGGCACGGCUAAUGGAGGAGGUGGAGGAGAAGAAGAAACUGAUCGCCACCAUCAGGAACAAGCCUUGGCGGAUGAAGCGGAGGCUCGUUCUCUUAAAGGAAGCUCAACAAUUUGUGGAUAAGUUUGAAGGUGCUCUGGGAAAAGGAAAAGGCAGGAAGUGGUAUGCCUACAAAGUGAUGAUGACGAAGAAAUGGAUUAAGUUUCAGAGAGAUUUUGAAAAUUUCAGAACAGCCUGCAUCCCCUGGGAGAGGAAGAUUAAAGAGGUGGAAAGUCACUUCGGAUCAUCAGUCGCUUCUUACUUCAUCUUCCUGCGAUGGAUGUACGGCAUGAAUCUCGUCCUAUUUGGUCUCACCUUUGGACUCGUCGUCAUUCCUGAGGUCCUCAUGGGUCUUCCUUACGGGUCCAUUCCCAGAAAGACGGUACCGAGAGCAGAGCAGGACACUGCUCAGGAUUAUUCAGUUCUCAUGGACUUCAACGGAUACUGUAAAUACUCAGUCCUGUUCUAUGGAUAUUACGAUGACAAGAGAACCAUUGGUCCGCUAAAGUUUAGGUUGCCUCUGUCCUACCUCUUGGUGGGAAUCGGGAGCUUCGGAUACAGCCUGAUGCUGGUGAUCCGGACAAUGGCUAAAAAUGCUGACGUCGGCGGAGGAGAUGGAGAAGAAGGCGAGUUCACCUUCGCCUGGAAGAUGUUCACCAGUUGGGACUACCUCAUCGGCAAUGCCGAAACCGCUGACAACAAGUACGCCUCCAUCACCACCAGCUUCAAGGAAUCCAUCGUGGACGAGCAAGAAAACCAGAAGGACGAGAACAUCCACCUGCGGCGGUUUCUCCGGGUUCUGGCCAACUUCCUGAUCACCUGCAGUCUUGGCGGCAGUGGGUACCUCAUCUACUUUGUGGUGAAGAGAUCGCAGGAAUUUGCCAACAGGAAUGACCUCAGUUGGUAUGAGAAGAAUGAGUUGGAGAUCAUCAUGUCCCUGCUGGGUUUGGUGUGUCCGCCUCUGUUUGAGACCAUUGCCGAACUGGAGGACUACCAUCCUCGAAUCGCCCUGAAGUGGCAGCUGGGACGCAUCUUCGCCCUCUUCCUUGGAAACCUCUACACCUUCCUGUUCGCCCUGUUUGAUGAGGUCAACAGUAAGCUGGACGAGGAACAGUCCAUCAAGAACGCCUCCAUCUGGGCCAUGAAGGAGUACUACGCCAACUACUCGCGUUUGCUCAACGAUUCGGACGCCACUCCGCCUCCGAUGAGCCCGGCAGACGUCAUCAGAGGCCCCUGCUGGGAGACGGCAGUCGGCAUAGAGUUUGUGAAACUGACCGUCUCAGACAUCCAGGUGACCUACCUGACCAUCCUGAUCGGCGACUUCGCCCGCGCCGUCAUCGUUCGUUUCCUCAACUACUGCUGGUGCUGGGACCUGGAAGCUGGUUUUCCAUCUUACGGAGAGUUUGACAUCAGUGGAAAUGUUCUCGGACUGGUCUUCAACCAGGGGAUGAUCUGGAUGGGAGCGUUUUACGCCCCUGGGCUGGUGGGUAUCAACGUGCUCCGCCUCCUCAGCUCCAUGUACUACCAGUGCUGGGCCGUCAUGGCCACCAACGUCCCCCAUGAGAGAGUCUUCAAGGCCUCCAAGUCCAACAACUUCUACAUGGGGCUCCUGCUCCUCAUCCUCUUCCUGAGCCUCCUGCCCGUCGUUUACACCAUCAUGACGCUCCCGCCGUCGUUUGACUGCGGCCCCUUCAGCGGGCGGGCGAAGAUGUUCGAUGUGAUCAUGGAGACGAUCACGCUGGAUCUGCCGGCCUUCAUGGGGACCCUGUUCAGCUACGCAGCGAACCCCGGACUCAUCAUCCCGGCCGUGCUGCUCAUGGUGCUGGCCAUCUAUUAUCUGAACUCAGUCUCCGAAGCUUACCAAAACUCAAACAUGGAGCUGAAGAAGAAGAUGCAGAUGGCCCGUGAUGAAGAGAAGAACCGGAGAAAUAACAAAGACAGCACCAACCAGGUCAUGAAAGACCUGGAGGACCUGCUGCCCAACCGAUCCCUCAGUCCGCCGCCGGAGCCUGAAAAACCACCAGAACCAGAAGCGAAACCCACCAAAACAAAACCUGGUUCUGCUGGAAAAGGAGUAAACUUACAGAAGGAUGUGGCUCUGGCUUCUUCCAACCCAAACGUUCGAGGACCGGUCGACCGGCCACCAGGACCGAGAGGACCCGGGCCGGGUCCGGGUGCUGGACGGGGCCGAGGCCGUGGGAGAGGAGCCCCUCCCAGUUAAUAUUAUGAGAAAACCACCAAAAGAGAACAAAAUAGACAAAGUACAUACACUCAAACCAAUUUAUUGUUCAAAUUUGAGUGUAAAUAUGCAACAUUCACUACUGCAAUGAAUAUAAAGAAAGGUCACGCAAAAAAUAUUGUACUUUAUUUCAAACAAACAUUAAUUUGUCCUUAAAUUAUGUUGAUCAGUAGUGACACCCUGCAAGAUGAUUGACAUACAAAGUAAAUUGUCUUGUGCCUUUUCUAAUUUGUGAUGUUUAUGCAUUUAAUGUCUGAAAAUUUAAACUACAGUGGAGAAAAUAGGUUAAUUUAACAUGUUUGUUUAUUUUUUACAAAUAUGUUUCUGAUUGGCCCAUUGACAUGAAACACAACAGACAUGAACUUCAACCCAAGUAACCAACACAUUCAUGGUUGAUAUUGAUUUGAUUUAAAUAAAUAGUAAUAUAUAUACAGUAUAUACAGUAUAUAUAUAUAUAUACAUAUAUAUAUAUAUAUAGCAAGUGCUAAAUCUGCUAAUUUCUUUUUGCAGUGUUUUCAAUAUUUCCUAAAUUAUUCAGUUAACUGCACAUACCUUUUAAUUUAUAAGUACAUUUAUAGAUUAGGUUAGAUAAGUAGAUUAGAUUUAUUUAUUAUGUAGGCUGGAUUUAUUUGUGUGAGUGGAUUAUUUGUUUUGUUACCAACAUCUGGUGGGAAUUUCCUGUCAACAUCCCCUUUUUGAUUAUGUUUACUGGAAACAAAAUUGACAUGAUUAAUACUUUUUUCACUGUGCAUUUUGCGUUUUUCGAUUGUUUAAGCUUUCAAACCGUACAGCAACACGCUCACAAAUAAAGACUGCAAUGUAUUAAGUGUGGAGUUGAUUUAAUGGACUUUGUAUUCAAAAAACUGUUUAAUUAAUUCUUGGUCUACAUGUCCUAUUUUCUAAGUUAGCUAGGAAUAAAUCUGCCACCUCCAGCUAUUCAUGAUUUAACUCCAAUCAAAAUUUUGAUCACAAAAUCCAUUUACGUCCUGGCAUUCCUUAACUUUUCUAUCCUACAAAACAGUUUUUAUUUUAUUUAUCAGCAAAGCCUCCUGUCUGCAAACUCCAUGUUCUGAAGUAACAUGAUUUCCAGUUCAUAGCUUUAGUCCAGCUCUCCUUUAACACCAAACCUCUGAACGGAAGAAUGUGGACCGUCUGGUUCAGCCGUCGUUCAACAGAACCACGCUGGGUGUGUUCGUGGAUUCCAGUCUCUUUUGUCAGCUUGUUGUCGGCUUUUAUCUGAUUCCUGAAUCGUUUCCAUGAGUCACAAUCUGAUUGAGUUAAAGGUGUAAAAAGGUGAAAACUGAACAGGAGCCGCUACACCUGUCAGAGACCUUAUGGGAAAGCUGACAGGUGAUUGGCUGAUGCCGUUCAGGUAAAACUACGUAGAAAAGGGUGGAGAGGGGCGUGAUCUGAAUUCACUGCAACGUUUGUCUGGACAAGCUUUGUGACUCCGGUUUGUCCAUUGAAAGUGGUUUUAAAACUCGAGUUAAAAUGUCUCUUUUCAAGAAGUUCUUCAAAGGUAUCAUCCACAACAGAGACCCAAAGGAAGAAACCGUCAAUGUGA